UUGGCCCGUGUGGACAGCCUUUGGUACGUAGCGCGGCCCCUUCUGCCUCCACCCUCGUUGCUUCAUCAACACUUGCUUUCUCAAGAAGUCUGUCUUUGUGGACUUACAAUGCAUCGGCGUCAAUUAUGGUGCAAAUCCGGCUAAAACUUCCUGUCCCUGCGCCCUGUAGUAUCCCCUUCGCCAUCUGGGACCUGGGUUGGCCGCAAGUCCCGCAAGCGCGUCUUGGUCCGCAACAUCGAGCCCUACGUCUUCAGCGACAUAUACCAGCGAGCAAGAACCGCAAGACCUGGUGCCAAGAGUCUCGGCGGCGGCAGGCUGCCUGGCUCUUCGGAGGCAUUUGAGAUCCACUUUGUCCAUGAAGAAGCCGCGCUUCGGUUCAAGGAUAUGUUUUCUGCGCUCAUGGACCAGAGCGCUACCGAGUCAUCCGAGGACGGCGAGCCGCCGGUAAUGUAGAAUGCGGCCUUGCGCGCACUACUUCAGAACGGAUGAGAGGUCAGCGUCGUCUUGUCCUCUCACGCCGAUUUCCCAACUCCAUCAUUAUGGCGCGGUAUGGAAUGAUGAGGCGGCUAGUGCAUUCUCGCCAUCUCACGAUCUCCCUUAUUGCGCCUUUUCACGAAUCCAGAUCUCCCAGCCCAAAACUAGGACGCUUCCAAAACCUUUACCACGACGCUACGACGACCCUUACGAAUUCUCACGAGCUUCUUACGAUAUUUAUGACGCAGCUGUGCUCACUCCGCACUUGAUUUGUAGUUUCUGGAUAUUGUGCUUCAUGCUUCAUUUAUGCUUCAGCUUGUACCAUCGGAAAUUGGCCACUUCUUUUUUCACUUCAUUUGAUAUCCCGGUCUCACAGUGCGCAUGCGUCAUAUAUCCUCUCUCCUUCUUAGCUAGCCUCAGUAUCGAAUUUACCUCUAGGCACGAGGUUAUAUACAAGGGGUGUAAUCAAAGGGUGUUCGCUGUGAUAAUACCGAGGUACAAUUGGGUUCUUUUCAUUGUCACCACGAUGUGGUAUCUCUGGCUUUUGUUUCAUCAAUUACUGUCAAGUUGUAGGCUCAAAUUGGACGUAUGUACACGAGAUACUCACCCUGGUGCUAGAUAUGAGCAGGCCUGUCGAGAAGUGAAAAGAGGAAGUGAAGAUGACCCAGAUCGCCCCUGCCUCCUUGUCUGUACUGCUCUGUACUGACUUGCUAGAUCCCCAGCUUCUCGGGUAUUUUACGCCUCCAAACGCCUCUAUUUUUCUCCAGGCUAUCAUUCUCGUCCUAUCCUUCUCACCUUACUUGCUUAUUGCUCUCCGAUGUGAAAAAGGUCGGGUCGAAGUCGAUUGAAAGCACCGAUGCUGCCGCGUUCACGAGAGCAGAUCCCACCCACAUGUUACCGUGACGAUAAACGUGAGCUUUGUGAUGUUUUCUCCUCCUCUGCAUCGCUAGUCUACUGAUCGUGUAUAUUGUGUAGCUACGUAGUUACCUCGUGACCAAGCAGCUGCGGCUGGGCUUUUGUAACAAUGUACACAUCUUUGAUCCGCUGGCGUUCUCGCUUACGCAAACACAUGCUUUGUUUCUCGGUCCAGUCCGUCCACACGCAUAUAGAUUUUUUUUUUCUUGGGCGGAAGGGGGGAGGGGGAUGUCCAUGUCCCAUGUAGGGCU